AUGGCUGCAGAAGCCGUACAAAAUGUUACGAAAACUUUUAAAUACUCCUUUCCCACUUGCACGAACGAAGAGAUUUUGUUUAAUUUAGAAGUACCGGUUGAUAUUCCUUACGAAGGUUCUUCGAGGGAGCUUGUACAACGAGUGCUGAAGAUGUUUCAUAUCCCAGUGUAUUUAGAAGAUGAUUUGAAUGAAAAAUUAGCAGAAUUUAUAUCAGAAGAAACAAAAAACUUUCACAAUAAAAGAGAUGCAAAAUUAAUAGACCAGUUGAAAAAUGGUGCAUUAAAUGUAGAAGGUAUUAUAAAAGGUUGGGAGAAAAACUUCAAAGAGAAUGUUCUAGAGUUUGCUGAACAAAAAGGUUCGUCGGAUGAAGAAGUUUUUGCUACAGCAUAUCAUAAGUUAGUGCAUUCUCCAGCAUUAGAAACAAUAUUGCAAGUUGAAAGCUCAUAUGCAAAGACAGUUAUGAAUAUGAUUCAAAAUAGAGAUGAAGAUAUAAGAAAACUUACUGAAAGACAAACACAAGAAAUGGAAGAAAAGAUAAGACUCCUGAACACAUCCACAACUGAAGAGGAAAUCAAUGCUCUUGCUGCAAAACAUUUUGAAGAGCAAAGUGUGGCAUCUGGACGUUGGGAGUCUCAGCUGGAUGCUCUAAGGCAUGCUCAACGGGCCGCUCAUAGGGCUUGGUUAAUGGCUGCUAUAGAUGAUUAUCAGUUGAAUGAAAAUGUGACUCCCAGUAACUCCCCUCUUUGCACUUUCCCUCCGGAAUUACCUGGUCCAGUGCAGCCAGCACCACCACGUCUUGAAGAAAGCUUUACCAUACACCUGGGAUCUCAGCUCAAACAGACACAUAAUAUCCGGCUUGUAGCAGUUGAUAUAUUGGAUUUAUGUUCUGUUAAUAGAGGAGACAGUGCUACUUGGAACCGAGCGCAACCUGCCUUGGGGCUCUAUUCAAAUGAUCUGAGCGCAGUGGUGUUAUUAGCUGAACAUGAGCCCUUACGAUCUCCAUUGGUUGGUCUUGCGCGUCAAGCCACUGAGCAUCACUUUGAUGACGUGGAAAUACAGCUACGUGACAUCACGGAGAAAGUAAAGGAACCAGCUGAAAAACGUAAUCUAGAACGCAUUCAAGAAGGCGAAGGUAGAUCAAGAAAUACUCGGACCAAACGCGCCUUACAACCCGGUGACGUAUACUUGAGCCGGCACAGCAAUUUGGCAGAUGCCCACCUAGUCUACCACCUGGUUAUCGAUGAUGAACAAAUGAAAGCCGGGGACAUCACGUCUCGCCACCCUGCAAUUCUGGCACUGCGCAACAUUCUCAAGUCAGCUUCUUGCAAUGACGUCACUUCUAUAGCUCUACCGCUGCUUUUGAGACACGAUCUUAGUGAAGAAAUGACGAUGUCAUGGUGCGUACGACGCGCGGAACUAGUCCUCAAGUGCGUAAAGGGAUUUAUGCUGGAGGGGAGCGGAGGUGGCGGCGCAGAACUACGCACACUGACAGUCGCUCUUCCUGCCGCGACUAAUCAAGCACUCUUCACUGCGCUAGCCGACCUACUGUCUAAUAUAUUUAGACUGGCCGGGCCUGUGCGACAGAAUAAAAUAUAA